AUGUAUCAAAGAGGUGUGAGUCAACGGGAACAUGAGCAGAUCUUCAUCCGCAGCACAGAUUGUGAUCGGACGCUGAUGAGUGCGGAGGCCAAUCUGGCCGGCCUGUAUCCCCCAGAGGGACAACAGAUAUUCAACCCUAACAUCUCCUGGCAGCCUAUCCCCGUGCACACAGUGCCCGAGUCCGAGGAAAGGCUACUGAAGUUUCCUUUGACCCCCUGUCCACGGUAUGAACAGCUACAGAACGAAACACGGCACUCAGCAGAGUACAUAAAUAAGACCAAAGAGAAUUGGCAAUUCCUGCAGAUGGUGGCAAACGAGACUGGGAUCCGCGAUGUCACUCUUGAGUCUGUUUGGAGUGUGUAUGACACGCUGUUCUGUGAACAAGCACACAAAAUGGAUUUGCCUGUAUGGGUGACACCAGAUGUCAUGACUCAAUUGAAGCAACUAAAAGACUUUGGUUUUGAAUUUCUGUUUGGAAUCCACAAUCGGGUAGAAAAAGCACGUCUGCAAGGCGGGGUCCUGCUGGAUCACAUAAGGAAAAACCUAAUCAAAGCAGCAAAUGUUUCUGCCCACCAGAACCUGAAACUACUUGCCUAUUCAGCGCAUGACACCACACUUGUGGCACUGCAGAUGGCUCUAGAUGUCUACAACAAGAUUCAAGCACCAUACGCCUCAUGUCAUUUAUUUGAGCUGUACCAAGAGGAUGAUGGUAACUUCUCUGUGGAGAUGUUUUUCCGGAACGAGAGUGGGAGGGAACCUUUCCCACUGACAAUCCCUGGCUGUCAGAGUAAAUGCCCACUGCAAAGAUUCUUGGAACUCACAGAUCCUGUUAUUCCCCAGGACUGGGAGCAAGAAUGCCAGGUACCAAGCAGCAUGAGCGACACAGAACUGUUUGUGGGUCUGGCUGUGUGUGGAUCCAUUCUCCUUCUCCUUAUAAUCCUCCUCUUGACUGUACUCUUUCGCAUACAGUCUCAGCACCCCGGCUACCGGCAUGUUUCCAAUGAGGGAGAAGAGCAGGCCUGACAGUUGCUUCAACUCCUUCCCAGGCAGUAGGAGGGAG